AUGCCGUCUACUUCGCUGGCCCUUACACCGGGCUUGGGGUCGUUCCUCAAGUACCUCAAGACAAAUCCGAUCGAUACUUCUAUUGAGACUUUGAUCUCAUUGCUCAAGCGACGUCAAAUCCGCCAUUCGCGCUCAUGUGCCACAGCAACUGCCUACUUGCUACGGAGUGUAAUCUCGGCAUGCCGUACAACCGAUUCAGCAAAGCUUAUUGAGCGGGUGCAGAGUGUGGGAAGGCGUCUGAUGGCUGCGCAACCGCGCGAGAUGGUUGUGGGUAAUAUUGUGCGCCGAGUCCUAGGUCUUAUUCGUGACGAAGCAGAAGAUGAUCGAGAUGCCGAGUUCGCUCUUAGUGACGUGGGUUCGGAGAGUCAGCCACAGACACCCCGGGCUUAUGAUGAUUCAUCAGUGCCCUUGGAUCGCGAUGCGCUUGGCCUUCGUUCCGAUGACAGAUCCUCUCGACCUCCUCUGACUUCCAUGUUCAGUCUCCUCUCCCACCCCGAACCCGAGCACUCACUUCCUAGCACCCCGGGAUCGGCUUCUCCGAGUGGACGCCUCCUCGGUUACACCCCAUCCAAAGAUGUACGGGCUGAAGUGCUAGAGGGCAUUGGCGAGAUUAUUGAUGAGCUAGGUCAAGUUGACGACCAGAUUGCCGCCUACGCUUUGGACCACAUUCACUCCAACGAAAUUAUUCUCACGCACACAUCCUCUACCACUGUUCAAAAAUUCCUGCUCAAAGCCGCUGCGAAGCGCAAGUUCACCGUUAUCCAUGCUGAGUCGUACCCGAAUAACCACGAGGCCACACAUGCCACCGUUAGUGGCAGUGCUAUCGGCGACGAUGACAACCUCGGCCUGGAGGCAUUCCAGAAGCCAUUAAUCGAGCACGGCAUCACCGUCAUUCUCAUCCCAGACUCUGCUGUCUUCGCUCUCAUGUCGCGAGUCAACAAGGUCAUCCUCGGUACACACUCUGUUCUCGCUAACGGCGGCCUUGUUGCCGCAGCUGGUACCCGUGUCAUUGCCCGUGCCGCCAAGGUCCACCAGACCCCUGUGGUGGUUGUGAGUGGUGUCUACAAGCUCAGUCCUGUCUACCCAUUCGACUUCGACUCUCUCAUUGAAUACGGUGACCCGAGCAAGGUUCUUCCAUACGAAGAUGGUGACCUCGUCGAUCAGAUCGAUGUUCAGAACCCCAUCUAUGAUUACGUGCCCGCAGAGCUCGUCGAUCUCUACAUCACUAACCUCGGUGGUCAUGCCCCAUCAUACCUCUACCGCAUUGUGUCGGACCAUUAUCGUAAGGAAGAUAUUAGCUUCUAA